UUGCUUGUCUCUGUUUGUUUGUUGCUGUUUGUUGUUCCAUAUUUCGGGUUGAUUGAUCCCUCCUUCCAUUUCCAUCUUCCAUCCAUCUGAUACCGGCGUUUCUGGUUUAAUUUGUCGGUUCAAAUUUGGUCUUAAAAUAAAAAGAAUAGGCUGUUCUAAACAUAUCGGUUACAUUUGAAGAACUAACCAAGCUGUCGAAAUCAUGUCCGGACGAGGCAGGUACCGUGAUAACCGCAAUAGGAAAGAGAAGACUCUAUCAUCGGUGGCACGGGAGACCGCAGCCUCAAUCGCAGCAGACAGUCCAGUGUUGGCUAUGUUCCUGUCGGCUGCUCAGAAACUCAAUGAGAGGCAAGAUCGCCACGAACGGCUAGUGAAACUUUCCCGAGAUAUCACUAUAGAGAGCAAGAGAAUCAUAUUUUUGCUACAUUCGGGUCUAACAGCUGAGACAUCUCAGAAAGCAGUAACUGAAGCAAAUGACAGAAUUCAAAAGCUAAUCAAAGGGCCUAUCAAAAACAUUGCUAUAGAACUUGAAAAUAGCCCUGCUUACUUGCAUUCUCACGCCGUCACGGCCGGCUACCAGGAAUUCAUUGAGGCAUGGACACUAUGCACUCUGAUGGAGAAAAAGGAGAUAAUACCAUAUACAGAAGUUCAGCAACAGCUGAUGUACAAGAUAAAUGAUGGUGGCGAUGCGGAGCAAGAAAGAACAGUGAUUGCAAUGAUGCCUCAUACAGAUUAUAUGUUGGGACUGGCAGAUUUGACAGGAGAGUUGAUGAGACGAGCGAUAAAUUCAUUAUCGAGUGGAGAGAGAGAUGAGUGCUAUCAUGCCUGCCAGGUUGUUAGAGAUUUGUACAGAGGAUACAUAGGUCUGCACGGCAUGGGCAAGGAGCUGGGCCGCAAGAGCAGCGUGACGCGCAGCAACGUGUUCAAGGUGGAGGCGGCGGCGUACGCGCUCAGCAUCCGCGGCGAGGCGCCGCCGCCGCUCCUCCCGCCCGCCGGCUGGGGGGGCGACGCGCCCUCGGAUGAUGAAGGGUUCUAUUAAAACUAGUCAACUUAUAGAUAGGUUCAUGUUUUCCACCACUCCUCUGCUGCAGCCUGCACUCCCAAGAACUUUUUGAUGCAAGGCACCACCAGAGAAGUUGGACAACAGAUGAAUAAGAUAGAUAGCAAUGCGGACCCCAGUAUUAUUCAUAGUGGGAAAUAUAAUGAUGUGAUGAUUA